UAUGUAACUAUAUGCAAUCAUCCAUACUGAAGUGAUUUUAACUCUGGAUCAGUGUUAGGACUCACAAAAGCAGCUUGAAGCUGGUUGAUGCAGCUUAAAAAGAGAUCAACUCAACCCCAUCACUUCUCACUUUUUAUCCUUAUGGGACAAACUGAAAACCCAAUAUCUCCUCCAAUCACUACAUAAUCCUAUGCUCUCGUUUCUGCGAAACCCAGCUUUUUCCCCGGCCUGGCAGACACCCCUUUUAUUCAAAGCCUGGUCCUCUGCUAAUUUGCUCCGCACGCAUCAUUUCCAACAGAGGAAUACGUUUAAAUCCUUUUCCUCGCUGCGGGAAACACAUAGCCUCCCAGCUUCCGAGAUAUUCAGAUACUUGCAGCUACAACACUUUUACGCCCCCUACGCUACAACAACCAAUCGGCCAGAU